AUGUUUGAAGAGCAAGUUGCUAAUGAGAUUUAGGAAUCAGACAAACAGCAUGUCAGAGUCUAAUUCCCACAACGAUCAUGGCUGUCCAUAAUUUAGGACAAGAUUGUGUAGUAAAGCCAAGUUGUCAAGUUUAUUACUCAUUUUUUAGAUGAGUCAAUCAGAAAUGAACGAGAAACACGAAACACGAUUGGGUGUGACACCAAGUCUCUCCGAAAGAGAAACCUUGUGCAAGAAAUAAAUUGGAUAAUCUGCCUGUUUUAGAGAGGAUUUAGGAAAAUCCAGGAUAAGUGAUUUAGAUACUUCCCCUAUUCGAUACAGGGUAUAAAUAAAUAGCUACAGUCAUAGACUUAACCACAUGAGGUUCAUUUUAGGAUUAGAGUUUUUAUAAAGUAUUUGUUCUUGAGGGUAGUAUUUACUGUAAUAGGUCCUUUAAUUUUGGGUUACAGUUUAAUUAAGAGGGAUUGGCUGAAUUUUAUGAGCAACUUCAGAAUGUAUGGUAGUUGGGGCGAAGUUUGGUAUAACUAUUUUCGAUGGAUAUCAAAUUACAUCUUAAUUUUUACAAUCCUCUACGAUACCACCGAUGAAGAAAGGAGAAUCAUGCAUUAUGAAAUUGCAUUCUUCACUAUUGUGUACAUCACUGAAAAUGUGACAUACGCUAUUUAAUAUGCAUUUUUCCAUCCUUCCAAAUUGGCUUUGAUAGAAAGCUUUGAAAUGCGUAUCGUUGGUGACUCGCGUGAAUAGAGCAUCAACCCUUAUCAUUGGGCACAACAACAUUCAUCAACAAUCACCAAAGAAUUGGAGCAAUCCUUAAAGCGAUCACAAGUCGAAAAUUCUAUAUUCCAAUUGUACUUCAUGGUUCAACCUAAUCCAGAGAGAUUGAAAAAAAUCUAAGUUGCUGAAUAAGAUUUAAGAAAUAAAAUUUAGAUCGAAGAGAUAGCUGGUGAUGGCUUUUUGAUGGCUAAGGAGAUAAUCAAUGAAUUCAACAAGAGCAGCAGUUAUAAAACUGCAAUCCAACUCGCAAUCAUACUGGGAAUCACACGAGUGGGGUUGUGCAUCAUUUUCAUGGAACUGUGUGAAGAAUCUGUUAAAAGUACUGCCGUCGUUGUUUAGCUGUCUCUCUUUCAGUUCACAUACUUCAGCACAAUCCUCUGUUUGAUGAUCCUGACUUACAGAGAUCUAAGAAGAAAGGUUUUCUCAAUGACACAACUAUCACAUUUGAUAUCAGCUGAAAAAGUUGAAGUCUACCAGGAAUCCAAGAUGUUUCCAACCAUCAAUUUGUUAUGCACAGUCUCCAUUUAUUCUUGGGUUAAUCUGAGGAAGAUCCUCCUUGAUUAUGGGUUGCAAUACACAAGAAGACAAACAUUCAUUUUAUCAUUCAUCAUGAUUAUCAAUACCAUAUUGAUGGGUGUGAUGACUCUUCUCUUUUAUUUGGAGCUAAUCUCCAUGAUUAGCAUACUGUAAUAGACCUUGGAUUUCGCAAUCAUUGCUAUCUUCUCAAUUGGCUUAGUCUUAUAGGGAGCAAGGAUUAAUGCCCAUUGGUCUAUUCAUAGGGGAUUACUGAGAAGGAAUCUCUUCCUUAUCUAAUAGUUGGCCUAUCAAAUAUUCAAGCCUUUGGAUUACAGUUUUAAAGCAGAAGACCCAGUAUUUCAUGUAUUUAUAUCAAUUGACUCUAGGCUCUAUCAAGAAUGCUGGAUACUACCUAUUCAGAAAUCAUUAUAAAAGAAGACUCGCUGCUUAAUUACUCAAUUUUUUGCAUCAAUUCGAUUUAACAUGUGGUAUAUCAUUUAUACAAAUCAGUUCGAUAAUUUGGGACAUUUAGAAAAGUCUUAGCCAUACACUGUAAUGGGUAUAGCCAUGACAUAUCAGUUAUUGGUACAAGUUUGUGUGAGUGCCUUGGGGUUGAUUGCAACUUCAGGAUUGAAUUUCAUACUGUAGGUUACUAAAUGAUUGUAAUUAAUUUAUAAAUAUCAUACUUAAUAUCAAAUCCAG